GGCGACAUUAGCUAGCAUUCGCUCACGGUUAUUCUCUGUAAAAGGGGAAAGUCGGAAAAAGACGAAAAAACAACCAACCAAGCAAGCAAGUAGGAACACCAGGACCGCUUAAGAACUGUGCUAACACCCUAAAUUAUACUACAAGGACUUGGUUGAGCUGAGAUCCGCGUUUUUUGACGUGUGAUUUCUGUUUGCUGUCUCACGAUGGAGGAAAACGGUGCGCAUUUCUUUGAGGGAACCGAGAAGCUGCUGGAGGUUUGGUUCUCCAGGCAGGACGAGAGCAAAGGAACCGGAGACCUGAGGAGCAUCCCGAGGUUUGAGUGGGACAAACUUCUGGAGAAUGUGCAUUGUUUAAUCAUAAGUGUGACUAAGACAGACAAGCAGGAAGCUUAUAUACUCAGCGAGAGUAGCAUGUUUGUCUCCAAGAGACGUUUCAUUUUGAAGACAUGCGGAACCACCCUCUUACUGCAAGCUCUGGUGCCCCUGCUGCAGCUGGCGCGGGAAUACUGCGGCUUUGAUGCCAUCGAGAAUUUCUUUUACUCCCGUAAAAACUUCAUGAAGCCCGCACAUCAGGACUUUCCCCACCGCAACUUUGAGGAGGAAGUGGAAUUUCUCAACCAGAUCUUCCCAAAUGGAGCAGCCUACUGUAUGGGGCGUCUGAACUCUGACUGCUGGUACUUGUUUACUCUGGAGCUGCCCGAGUACUGGGAGAACAAGCAGGCGGAUCAGACGCUGGAGGUUCUGAUGAGUGAUCUCGACCCAGCCAUUAUGGACCAGUUCUACAUGAAAGACGGUGUUUCCGCUAAUGAUGUCACUCGUAUGAGUGGAAUUCGUGACCUGAUUCCAGGUUCUGUGAUUGAUGCCACAAUGUUCAACCCUUGUGGAUACUCCAUGAAUGGAAUGAAAACAGAUGGAACUUACUGGACAAUUCACAUCACCCCUGAGCCAGAGUUCUCUUAUGUUAGUUUCGAAACCAACCUCUGCCAGACAUCCUACGACGAGAUCGUCAGGAAGGUCGUGGACAUCUUUAAGCCAGGAAGAUUCGUGACUACGCUUUUUGUUAACCAGAGCUCCAAGUGUCGCAGUGUGUUCUCACCUGCGCAGAAACUCGACAGCUACCGGUGCCUCGACCGCCAGCUUGCCCACUUCAACGACUACAACUUUGUCUUCACCAGUUACGUUAAGAAGCCCCAGCAGAGCUGAAGCACCGCAAUGAAAAAACGCAAAAAGAAAGCGGCCGGAGCCUGGCUUCGUCCGCCAUCACUCUCUAGCUCUUGUUACUGUAGCCGCGUGGCAAGUUUAUUCUGUAAAUGUCCUCAUCGCCAUGCCGUAGAUAUUUUGCAUGAAAGCUCUUAUUGUGUCCGUGUAGAUAUUCUAGCUCACUCUUGCUACGAUCUUGAAGUGCAUGUAGAGUUACGGAGCAGAGUGUGGAUAAAACCACGCUCACUCCCCUUCCUGCAGGUGUCCUCCCUUAUCCUCCACAGACAGGGCUUCCGGCCCCACUAGGUAGGAACCCUGGCAUGCUCGGAUCUGUGCUGUCCAAUGUGCCGACUCUUUUAUUCCCAAGCGUUAGACACGGUUGAUGAUUAACUAUUUAAAUAUUUUUACAUUAGGAGAGUGAAGUGUUUAAAUUAAAUUAAUAGAUCAUUUAUUAAAUAUAUAUAUAUUAUAUAUUUUUGCCCUGACCUUCUGUACAUGUUUUUGUUUGUUUUAACUGAUCCUACGUCGAGUGCACAAAGUUUAGGAAAAUUUAGAAAAGAAAGAAGAAAAAAAAAACACAAUUAGCUGCACUUUAAACCCAAGCGCACCAAAGUUGUUUGUUGGAGCACUAUCCCAUUGCCUCUUCUGUGCCACAGUUGGCACCUAUUCAUUCUGCUUUCGGCGCCCCCCGCCCCAUGUCAUGACCUUGAAUGAAAUCCGUUUGGUGGCCAGUUUCAACUGCAGCUGUAGAAAAGUCUACAGCAACGAAUGUAGCCCAUGUGCAAGAAACUGUUGGCAUCAAAUCAUUCUCGUUAAACACCCCGUUUCCUGGCACUACCCCUCUCACUGAAGUGCACAGCAAAGCGUUUUUCAAACGGAACAAUACCUGUUCUUUCUGGCUGUAGCCACACAAUGGACACGCAUGGACCUGAGCAUGUCAGGGUUCUCCUGGAUCAUUCCACACUUGGCUGUUUUGCAAGUUCAUACUGGUGUCGCUAAACCAAAAUGUGGCAUUUGUACUUUUUUACUGAUUACAUGAACCUUUUUUUUUUUAGCCAGAAUGGAUUGUGUUGCCUGCAAGUAGUGCUGUCAUCUUGUGUCCACCUCAGCUUUUCUUUUACUGUCCAGUGAGUAAGUCUUUUACAAAUUAGCCCUUUUAAAUAGAUUUUUUUGUUCACCUCCUAGUGGAUGGGAUGCUGGAUUACUAUAAAAUGACCAAAUAAUUCAACAAACCAGUGGUUUGAACGGUUGGUUUCCAAGAGGCUUGUCAGUAAACUUCACUAAGUCUCUCCGGCCAGAGAGUGCUGAGUAAAGUCUGACCAAAGCCAAUAAGAGACACAAGACAUUGCCCAAACACCCAGUAUAGCCGUUUUGUCCCUGCCACCUGCCAUACCGGGGAUUUUGCUUGACCUCCCUGCAGUUUCUUUUAAAACUCCACUUUUUUAGUUAGUUCAUUCUGACUGGACAGGUUUCAGGAAAGAUUAUAGACAAAAACAGCCUCUGCCUACAUGGACCAUUGGCCAUAUUUCUUUUACAUGAAACUGCCAUGUCAAGUCAAAUUCUGAUUAGUUUAGCUCCAGUACAUUCUGAUUAGAACUUUAUUAGCAUUUUGUGGACCAACUUUUAUUUUUUACACCUCAUCCCUUCCUUUUCCAUGUUUUGUUUAAAGACCAGGUUGUUUCAGUGAUUGUGUGGAGUUUUUUUUCCUUUGCCCUUUGUGCUGUAGAGCAGGAGUUCAGAGGAGAAAGACUGCCGCAUGACAAAUGGAUGUUAAGGAUGGACAAAAGCUUUGAUUUAAUUCUCCUGCUAUUUCCUUGGUUUGUCAAGAUGUGCUAAAUAUCUGUACCAUGAGCUUGAUGCAUUAAAUAAAAAGAAUCUUGCUGUGUAA